AUGCAUUUACAAUUUAUUGAUAUGGAUGCAACCUCUAUGAGAUUUCAAAAUAAACAAUUUUAUUUUGCAUUUGAUAAAGGUACUUUAGAUCCAUUAUAAUGUGGUUAUUAUAUAAAGAAAUUAAUCAAGUUGCUAAAUCACUCAUUUUUGCUAGUCACUCUUCUCAUCAAAAAAGAAUUCUAAUAUCAUAUUUUAAGAAUAAUAUCCAACAAGAUUUUGAAAAUAGAAAUAUUUAUGAAACUAAAAUCAAAUUAUCUGGUUAGACAAAAUUAAUUAAUAUUACGAUUAAAAGAUGAACCUUUAAGAUAUAGAUUAAAAGAUAAGGAUUCUUUCGUAUAAUAUAUUAAUCAGUAUUAAUUAUCAUAAUAAUUAUUAAAGAAUUGGAAUAACAAGAAGAUACAUUUGA